AUGGCCGCGGACGACUCGUACACGGCAGCUGACGAGCGCGCCCGUGCCGCCCGGAGGGCGGGCAUCCAGGCGAAGAAGGACGAACAGCCGGCGAACACGACGCGGAGUUACGCGGCGAAGCAGCGGGAGUGGAAGGCCUGGUGCCAUACGCCUCGGGCUGCAGCAGACGGCUCGCUCUAUAGCUGGCCCGACGGCGAGCUCGUAACGCCGGACAAGCUGGCGGCGUGGCUCAAAGAGGAUAUCCUGUUACGACGCGUUGUGCCGCCGCAGAAGAAGAAGCCGCGCGCGCGGGGUAAGAUUAGGGGCAACGGCAACGGCGAGGCCGUACAGGUACGGCAACAGCGCGAACAGGAGCAGCUCGAGGCCGCGGCCAUGGCAGAGGCCGAAAGCCUGGCCGAAGCUUUGGAGGUCCCCCUGGCCGAGGCCGCCGAGCUGCUCGCUGACGACCGCGAGGGCUACGUGCCACCCACAGGCCUCGCGACGGCUGCAGUAGACCUUACCGAAGGGUCUUUGCUUACGAGGGGCACUAUCGACGCCUAUAUCGCGGCCGUUAUCGAGCUAUGGAGGCUCCAGGUGGCUCACGGCAACGCGAAUACGGAGAAUCCCCGGGGCGCCGCCGACUGGUAUCGGAUCAAGGUCCUCGUCGGGCGGGACCGCGAGCAGGAGCUCUCGUACCCGACGCAGCUACAAGAGACCUGGCGUAUCUUCGGCGCUGCCGGCCUUAUCGCGUCGAAGAAGACGCACCUCCCGCGCAGGGUGGGCGCCCAGGACGCGGAGACCCAUGGCACGUCGCUCGCCCAGAUCUCGCAGGCCGGCCGCUGGAACCAGAGCGUGCUCUGCCAGGCAUAUCUUACGCACCUACCGCGGCAGUUCAUGCGUAUCGUCGCCGGCUUCUCGGCCUCCCGGGGACUACUUCCUCGCGCGUGCGGCUCACGAACCCCGUACGUCUUACAAAGCAGCUGUGGCCGUGGAUCGAGGUGGGAACCCCGCUUUGAGGCGCGGGCGCGCCGGCAAUGCUGGGCAGAAGGCGGUCUCGACGACGACGACCUAGCCGCUGACGGCUUCCUGCUUAUGCGGCGCCUGCGUAUAGUACUUCUGCAGGACCUGGCCGUCCUACAGCUCCGCUACCCGUCGCUACCGUUCUUCGCCUACGCCCCUUUUGGCGGGCCCGAGUGGGACGAGUUCGCCGUCGCCGUGCGGUCCACCGCGGUAGGGGCUAUGGAGCCGGGCGGCCUCGAUGCCCUCCUCCAAGGCAAGGUCCCUAUCACCUUUACCGGCUACUUCGGAGCCGGGUCAGCAGAGGCGCUGGCCCCAGCCCCGGCCCCGGCCCCGUCAACAGUACCUACCUUGAAUCUCAAUACAGCUCCGGCCCCGGCCCCGGCCCCCGCCCCAGAGCCUCUGGUACCAGGCAUGCCUAUCGUCACAGCCCUGGCAAGGGUCUUUACGGUGGGGGACGUCUGGAAGGAAUGGGGUGAAGGGUUUGCAGGUCAGAAGGCCGUACGGGAGCUGGAAGAGACGUGGGGAAGCCGCUGGCGCCCGGGGAACGGGGUCAGAGUGCAGUUCUGUCGCCGGAAGGUGAUCUGGGACGAGCUGUUGGCCCGUAUGGCGUCCGGCAAAUGCAAGGAGGCGGCCGUUGCAGAGCUAGAGCUGUUACGCGCCGGCCGAAGCUUGAACCGACUCGUCGACGAGCUCAAACAGCGCCGACGGCGGGGCCAGGAUCGGGGCCAGGGCCAGGGCCAGAUACGGGUACAGGUAGGGACCCCCGUGCCCGAUGACCCAGGUCCAGGCCGGGACCAGGUCCAACUCGAGGUCAGGGCCGUCGGGGCGGAGGACCCGGCUGGGAAAGCGGACCGCCCUCGUCGACGUAAGCCAGCCGCCUCGUAG